AUGGCGGUCAACUCACCCGCGGAGACCGCCUUGGUGAUCCUGUACUACUUGUACCCAGCUCUCGUUUUCAUCUACUUUUUCUUCGCCUCACUCGUUUCGGCCUGUACGGUACACUCUUCUGACAAAGAUGAGCGAAAGAAGAAAUGUCCCAACCGACGGUUGACACUUGUCUUCUACCUCCUGUGUAUCCUGGCAUACACUACCCAGUUGCUGCUGCUUGGGAUUCGGGCAAUCCUCUCGCAAAACUGGCCAACAGAUGAUCACAUCAUCAUUGGACAUCUGGCUUGCAUUCUGGCCUUCGGAAUCCAACUCAGUCGCUGCCUUGACGCUGAAGAAGGCCCCUUCUAUCCUUUUAUCGGGUCUUGGUUGCUUGGCCUGUCUUUUGAUAUUGUCAUCACUGUAUUGUCUGCGAUUUCAGGAUUGUUCUCCCCUAUCAAUAUCUUCAGCAUUCUCGCAAGUGUUAGCAUCGGCAUUCGUUGUCUGUCUUUCAUAUCACUCGCUAGUUUGUUCACUGUUGGUUCUUCCGUGAAAUCGAAAUCCGAUGAAGAGCAGGAACCAUUGUUGCCCAAAGUUACAACUACGUCACCUGAUAGCCCGACCAGUCAGGAAUCUGGAUACGGAUCGACACUGCAGGCCGAGGGAGAUGGAGAAGAAGAAGACGAGGCUCCAGAAUAUAGCUGGGAACGCCGAGAGAGGGAGGCCAAAGAGGCUAUGAAGAAGAGGCUCGAGGAAGGUGGAAACUGGUUUGAGUACGCCAAAGGCUUCAAGAUUCUUUUUCCAUACGUCUGGCCUGUCGGUAAUGUUGGCCUGCAACUUCGUGCUGCGGCCGUGUGCCUAUGCCUGUUUGGAUCCAAUGCUCUUCACCUGCUCAUCCCUCGCCAGACAGGCAUUAUCAUGGACAGCCUGAAUGGCUCCGGUAACAGCAAUCCUUGGAUUGCGGUUCUUGUAUUUGCUGCGCUCCGCUUAGCUGCCUCUGAGUCGGGCAUCGAGCUUGUUCGUCAAUGGCUCUGGGUUCCUGUUAAGUACUAUUCUCACGACGCAUUGACACGAGCAGCCUACUCGCACAUGAUGCAUCUUUCAGCAGAUUUCCACGACUCAAAAAGCUCAUCAGAUAUGAUGAUGGCGAUCUAUGGGGGCAGUGCGGUUUCCAAUGUUAUUGAGAAUGUCUUGCUCUAUGCUGUGCCCAUGCUCAUCGAUAUGGGGGUGGCUAUCGUCUACCUUUCUAUCACCUUUGGCCCCUACGAAGGACUCAUUACCGUGGCUACGGGUGUCUUCUUCCUUCUUAUCGCCAGCAGACUUGUGGCUAACUCCAAAGCUGCAAGCCGCAACCGCGUCAAUGCACUAUAUGAAGAACACUAUGUGCGCCAGUCUGGCUUCCUUGGGUGGCAGACGGUUAGUGCAUUCAACCAAAUCGGGUACGAAGACAAUCGACACGCCAAUGCAGUCACCAAUCGUUGGCUUAGAGAGCAGCAAUAUGUGCUUGGGUGGUAUAUCUCAAUCGGGUUUCAAACCUUGGUCCUGACAUCUGGCCUUCUCGCGAGCGCAUUUCUAGCAGUGUACCGUAUCAGAGCGGGUCAGGCAACACCUGGACAAUUUGCAAUGCUUUUGAUGUAUUGGGCGCAAUUGACAUCACCGCUUCAGUUCUUUGCGAAGUUAGGAAAGAACGUCAGCGAUGAUUUCAUCGAUGCCGAGCGCCUGCUGGACAUCAUGAGAACUCAGCCAUCAGUUGAAAAUCAGAAGGGAGCGAGACCGCUGAAGUUCGUAGCUGGCGAGGUUGAGUUUGAACGAGUUUCUUUCAGCUACGACAAGAAGAAGGGCAUAAUCAAGAAUGUCAGCUUCCAUGUUCCUGCUGGCCAGACAGUCGCUUUCGUGGGCGCCACAGGAGCAGGAAAAUCGACACUCAUCAAACUCCUUGAUCGAUUUUACGAUGUGGGCAAUGGCCGUAUUUGCAUCGAUGGUCAAGACAUACGGGAUGUUGAUCUGUUCAGUCUUCGCGAUCGAAUUGGAGUCGUUCCUCAGAAUCCAAUUCUAUUCGACGACACGAUCAUGAACAAUGUACGAUAUGGAAGAAUAACCGCGACCGAUGAGGAAGUGUUUGAAGCAUGUCAAGCCGCUUGCAUUCAUGAUAAAAUCAAAGGCUUCACUCAUGGAUACAAGACACGUGUCGGAGAGCGCGGCGUGAAACUGUCUGGCGGUGAGCUUCAGCGAAUUGCAAUAGCUCGAGCAAUGCUGAAGAAGCCGGACAUUGUUCUGCUCGAUGAAGCCACCAGUGCAGUUGACACAGAUACAGAGCAACAGAUCCAGAUAUCUUUCAAGAGACUGUGUCAGGGUCGAACCACGUUCAUCGUUGCCCACCGUCUUUCAACGAUUAUGAACGCAGACCGGAUCAUUGUAGUUGAAAAUGGCGAGAUACUUGAGCAGGGGAACCACGAUGAAUUAAUCGUGGCUGGUGGGAGAUACGCCGAUCUCUGGUCAAAGCAGGUCUUUGUGCGAACCAAGGAGGAGGACGCUGGUGCCUCGGCUGGUCAAGCAGGAUUUGUUAAUGACCUAUCCUCAGAGCAGACCAGGACCGAACUAUCAAAAGUCAACAAGCCAAAUACAGCAACCAACGAGCAAGCGAAAUUGUCUGAGGCCAGAGCCAGCGGAGAGGAUGUUACCGUUACCCCAGCUCGCAAGCAAGAGGAGGGUCGAACCAUUACGAGUACCGAUGACACUACGACUCCAGCUACGAACUCUAGCGAGAAAAAGAAAGCAUUUAUUGCAGCAGUUGGCCGUGCUAUAAAGAACAAACAAGCGAAACAAUUUGAUGAAGCAAAAACCUCGGAGCCUUUGGUCCAAGGUGGAGAUGAAGCUGAAGAGGUAACGGAGAAACGAGACGCGGCACAGAGUCAAGUUUUCGAAUAUAAACAGCCGUACUAUUCUCGACGUGCCCAGUCGAAGAGCGAACCAUCUCAAGCAUCUCAGGGAUCCGAUGGAACCGACGUGGACAAUGAACCCCUCAUCUCGUCGAUAGUGAAGUCGAGGUCUCCGACUAGUGCAGGAUCUCAAAUCCCUGUUCCCACUGAGCACAACCAAACACUUUCUUCAGCUUCCCAGACAGUGAAGGUUCAGGAUAGCGACAUCGAUCGAUGCUCCGGAAAACAAAGCGCUGAACAAAAAACGCAACCUACCAUGUCAGGCAGAAGCGCAACAUGCCUAUCAUCAAAUUUUGAAGAUUCACGAGGCAAAGAUGAUGUGACUGCAGGAACAAGCACCACUGACGGUGUCAAGCACAGCAAUAACCAAAUCUCGGAGCCCAGAGAGAACCCCAUCAGUUCCACUCCACGUCGUGGUGGCCGCGGUGGUCGACGAGGACGAUCCCCUUGGUACCGUGGCCGACGUGGCAGAGGAAGUUAUCGAGGAAGCCCACAGGGCAGACAACCAACAUGA